AUGAUGAGAGUAUGCAGUGUUAAAUCGGGAACAAUACUCAAGUAUUAUAAAUUAACUUAAUUAGUUUUGAGAUAUAUCUUUUCUUAAUUUCAUCAUGGCUUAAUAAGGCUUAUGUAUAAUGUUUUCAGAAUCAUUUUUCAUAUUCAUAUGCAAGAGGCAUUUUGAAAAAGCUUUCAUAUGAAACAAAAAGCAUAUGUUCAUUUGAAUAAAUUCACAUUACUAUGUUUUGGGUCAUUUGCAGGUUUAAUGAAAUUUAAUUUAAGAUCAACCAAAAAAUUAAAUAUUAGUUAAAUUUACUCAUUUAUGAUUUCAAACAUCCAAAGAGUUUAAAGAUGCUUGAUUUAUAAAAUAUCAAUUCUCCUUCACGUUUUCCAAUAAAACUAAGAUUUCUAAAAAUGAUUUAGAUCAUUGGAAUUGUAGUUGAAAUAAUAAUUUUGCUAAUUUGCUUUGAUCUACGAUGUUUACAAAUUUAUAUUAUAAGAAUUCCAUUAAAAUAAGCCAUAUAAUAAGUAAGCGGCUUUAUGAUUAAAGAAAUAAAACUCAACCAUCAAAUGGUUUCUUAUUAUAACAAUAUAAAUAGGACUCCUUAUAUAGAAGACCUUGA